CAGUCUUCUACUUUGGGGGUGAUCUACAUCCUGAAAGCUCAUUGCAGCCCAUUUUAUAGACAAAUAUGUUCCUAAACGACCCGGAUACGGUGCCUGAGGCAGAUCGUCUUUUGGAAGCUCAGCAUUUUGCAAAAGUAAUCGAGGCAUUCAAUCAUUAUCGGCUGCAUUCACUCUCCCGAAAUGCAAAGCGUCGGCGAGACUUGGCCAGCAUACCAAAGGCCCAUCAGCAGCUAGUGGGAUCGUUUAUGGAGAAAAAGAUCAAUUCUGUGGAGGAGAGAAUAUUGAAGAAUGCAGCAUUCAUUGCUUCUAUAGUGGCAGGCCAUCAGAACGAGGAGACAAAUGGCGGGACCAAGAGCCAAGUUUCGGAAGGUGACAUGGAUAAAGUUAGAAGUACAUUACGACAGUUUGUAAGAGAUUGGUCUGAAGAGGGACGGGAGGAACGGGCCCGAACAUACGACCCGAUACUUGAUGAGCUUCAAACGAGAUUUAAAGGAGUUUCCAUGGAGGAUAAAGGAAAGAUAAAAGUACUAGUGCCCGGAGCGGGAUUAGGGCGCUUGGCGUACGACAUUGUGAAGCAAGGAUACUCGUGCCAAGGUAACGAAUUUAGCUUUUAUAUGCUGCUGGCUUCACACUUUGUCCUCAACCAAACGCAACAGCUUCAUCAAUAUGAGAUAUUCCCAUGGAUCCACAGUUUUUCAAACUCUACGUCAACGGAUGUGCUUUUGAGUUCAGUUCGCAUCCCUGAUGUUUUACCAGGGGAUGUACCCCGCACCGCGGAUUUUUCGAUGGUUGCGGGUGAUUUCUGUGAAGUAUACGGAGAAGAGGAGCAUAUAGAAUCUUGGGAUGUGGUCGUAACGUGCUUCUUCAUGGACACUGCAAAAAAUAUUGUUGAAUACAUCGACAUCAUAAAGAGAAUUUUGAAGCCAAACGGUCUUUGGAUCAACUUGGGGCCACUGUUGUAUCAUUGGGAAGGAAUGCAAAACGAACUAUCUAUUGAGCUCAGUCUGGAUGAAUUCAAACAAGUAAUUCGCACAAAAGGUUUCAAGAUUGAGAAUGAGCGAACCAUUGAGACAACGUAUGCCAGCAAUACCCGAGGAAUGUUGAAGUACGUCUACGAAUGUGCCUAUUUUGUAGGAGUGAAGCACUAGUUUUCCAUUUGCUCUGUUACCUCCCUUCCUUGUCUCGUAGAGAUGUAGUAUCUGCAUUAGAUAGACUGAGCGACUGCGUGUACAAUUAAUUGUAGAUGCUGCUGCUGUGGUAGAAAUCUGUGUGUUUACCUUUUUGCUAACAAACCCCAGCCCGUAACGUGGGAGGUACUCCAAAUAUCCUUCUAAAAAAAGAAACUCGACGGUAAACCGC